GUGGUAGUGGUAGUGGUAGUGCAUAAUUCAAAGAUAAAGCAAUGAGGCUUUUAAUCAUCUCUCCUUUAUUUCUAUCUGCCUUUCUCUUUUUCUUUCUUUUGCAGCCACCAACUUUUGCCAUAAAAAAGUCUUACGUAGUGUAUUUGGGAUCACAUUCACAUGGUUCAGAAGCUAAAUUGUCUGAUAUCAAGCGUGUCAAAAAUUCCCAUUAUGAAUUGCUUGGAUCAUUUACCAAAAGCAAGGAGGAAGCUAAGAACAAAAUCUUUUACUCCUACACCAAAAACAUCAAUGGCUUCGCAGCUAUGCUGGAAGAUGAAGAAGCAGCACAACUUGCAAAGCAUCCAGAAGUAAUAUCAGUGUUCUUGAACAAAGGAAAAAAGCUUCAUACAACACGUUCAUGGAGUUUUCUUGGAUUGGAAAGAGAUGGGUGGAUUCCUGUUUCCUCACUUUGGACCAGAGCAAGGUUUGGUGAAGAUGUAAUUAUUGCUAACCUUGACACCGGUGUUUGGCCUGAGUCUAAGAGCUUUAGUGACGAGGGACUGGGUCCAAUCCCACCCAAUUGGCGAGGAAUCUGUCAGCAAGACACGGCUGGCUUUCGUUGCAACAGAAAACUAAUUGGAGGAAGGUACUUCAACAAAGGUUAUGCUGCGUUUGUUGGCCCUCUAAACUCAACUUACAACACUUCAAGGGACAAUGAUUCAGGGCAUGGAACUCAUACCCUCUCAACAGCAGGUGGAAACUUUGUUCCAGGAGCUAAUGUUUUUGGAAAUGGAAAUGGGACAGCCAGUGGUGGAUCCCCAAAUGCUCGUGUGGCUGCUUAUAAGGUGUGCUGGCCGCCGGUAAAUGGCAGCGGUGAGUGCUUUGAUGCUGAUAUUAUGGCUGCUUUUGAUGCUGCAAUAAGUGAUGGAGUCAACGUGAUAUCGGUUUCACUUGGCGGUGAUACUCCUGCUGAAUUUUUUGAGGAUUCGAUCGCAAUUGGUGCCUUCCAUGCUUCAAGGAAGGGCAUUGUGGUGGUUGCCUCAGCUGGCAAUGCAGGACCAGCGCCACUUACUGUAACAAAUUCGGCUCCUUGGUUGAUUACUGUUGGUGCUAGCACCUUGGACCGUGAGUUCACAAGCUACGUUGCACUUGGCAAUCGGAGGCAUCUCAAGGGUACAAGUCUUUCAGAAAAGGGCUUGCCAGCUGCAAAGUUUUAUCCCCUGAUUAGUGGUGAAGGUGCGAAUGCUGCUGAUAGUUCUGCUGGAGAUGCUUCUCUUUGUCUGCCUGGAACACUUGAUCCUAAGAAGGUUAAAGGGAAAAUAUUGGUGUGCCUUCGAGGGAUAACUGGUAGAGUAGAGAAGGGAGAAGAGGCUCUUCUUGCGGGCGCUGUUGGAAUGAUUUUGGCUAAUGAUGAAUUUUCUGGCAAUGAACUUAUAGCUGAUGCUCACGUGCUUCCUGCUGCACACGUCAAUUUCACUGAUGGUCAAGCUGCUAUUGCUUACAUCAACUCGACCAGCAGGAUUCCUGUGGCAUUCAUUACUCGUGUAAAGACAGAGUUAGAAACAAAGCCGGCUCCAUCUAUGGCUGCUUUCUCAUCAAGAGGACCUAAUAUUAUGGAACCUUCAAUCCUCAAGCCCGAUAUCACUGCUCCUGGGGUAGAUAUAAUUGCUUCUUUCAGUUUAGCAGUAAGCCCAUCUGGAGAAGAAUUUGAUAAGCGCAGGAUUUCCUUCAACACAGACUCCGGUACUUCAAUGUCUUGCCCUCAUGUUUCUGGUAUUGCUGGCCUUCUAAAAACACUCCACCCGGAUUGGAGUCCUGCUUCUAUCAGAUCUGCAAUCGUGACAUCUGCAAGAACAAGAGGUAACAAUCUGGAGCCAAUUCUAGAUUCAGCAACCAAUCUCAAGGCAACUCCAUUCGACUACGGAGCAGGACACAUACGUCCAAACCGAGCAAUGGAUCCAGGGCUAGUUUACGACUUGACAGAAAAUGAUUACUUGAACUUUUUGUGUGCCCGAGGGUACAACCAAAGCCAAAUCAAGUUAUUCUUAGGGAAGCCAUACCCAUGUCCCAAGUCCUUCAGCUUGGCAGACUUCAACUACCCUUCAAUCACAGUUCCUAAUCUCAAUGAAUCUGUAACAGUGACUCGAAGAGUCAAGAAUGUUGGAUCUCCUGGCGAAUACUUCGCUUAUGUCAAGGCACCACCUGGAGUUUCAGUUCUUGUUAAACCUAAGAACUUGAAGUUUAAAAGAAGUGGUGAAGAGAAGACAUUCCAGGUCACUUUGAAAAGUACUUCAACAUAUGGGCCUACAGAUUAUGUUUUUGGAAGAUUGGUAUGGUCAGAUGGCAAGCACUUUGUCAAGAGUCCUCUGGUGGUGAAGCAAUAGCUAGUCAGAUUUGUUCAUUUUGAGCUCUAUUUCUACAGCACUCAAUUGAUUGUAGAAAUCAGAAACGCAAUUUGUUGGAUGUUCGUGUUAAUUCUUGUCAAUAAAAGUUAAGAUAUUCAUCAUA